AUGUCUCGCCAGUCCUGUGCUCUUGGCAAGGGUUUCAGCUCCAGCUCUGUGUGUUUUGGGGGCAAGAACAAGGUCACGUUUGGCUCUGCGCACCGCGGAGGAUGCCGGGGAUCUGGUGGUGCUGGUGGCUUCAGCAGCCGGAGCCUCUAUUCCCUGGGGGGCAGUAAAAGUACCUCCCUGGGAGGAUUUGGGGGGGCUGGUGGUACCUGCAGAGGCUUUGGUGGCCAAGGAGGCUUUGGCUUUGGGGCCGGAGCGGGAUUUGGGGGUGGCUAUGGUACAGGGUGCUUUGGUGGAGGCCUCAGCAGUGGCUUUGGUGGUUUUGGUGGAGGAUUUGAUGGUGGAAUGGGGGGCCAGGGCUUCCCUCCGUGCCCCCCGGGUGGCAUCAGGGAGGUGACCAUCAACCAGAGCCUGCUGGCCCCCCUCAACCUGGAGAUUGACCCUGAGAUCCAGAAGGUUCGGACACAGGAGCGGGAGGAGAUCAAGAAACUCAAUGACAAAUUUGCCUCCUUCAUCGACAAGGUUCGGUUCCUGGAGCAGCAGAACAGAGUCCUGGAGACCAAGUGGGAGCUGCUGCAGCAACAGGCUGGUCCAGGAACGGGGGGCAGGAACCUGGACCCUUUCUUUGAGACUUACAUCAGUGGGCUGAGGAAGCAGUUGGAUGGUCUCUUCAGUGAGAAGCACCAACUGGAGACAGAGCUGAAGAGCUUCCAGGACAUGGUGGAGGACUUCAAGACAAAGUACGAGGAGGAGAUAAACAAAAGGACAGCAGCUGAGAACGAAUUUGUGCUCCUGAAGAAGGACGUGGAUGGAGUCUACAUGACUAAGGUGGAACUCCAGGGAAAACUGGAUUCUCUGUCAGAUGAGAUCAACUUCCUCAAGUGUCUUUAUGAGGCAGAGCUGUCCCAGAUGCAGAAGACUGUGUCUGACACCUCGGUGGUGCUGUCCAUGGACAACAACCGGAACCUGGACCUGGACAGCAUCAUUGCAGAGGUCAAGGUGCAGUACGAGGAGAUCGCCAACCGCAGCCGGCUGGAGGCCGAGUCCUGGUACCGGUGCAAGUACGAGGAGCUGCAGGCAACUGCGGGCAAGCAUGGGGACAGCCUCAAGGACACCAAGAUUGAGAUCUCGGAGCUCAACCGCAUGAUCCAGAGGAUACGGGCUGAGAUUGAGAGUGUGAAGAAGCAGUGUGAGACUGUUCAGACAUCAAUUGCGGAUGCAGAGCAGCGUGGGGAGGUGGCUCUCAAGGAUGCCAGGGACAAACUGGCUGAGCUGGAGACAGCUCUGCAAAAAGCCAAGGCUGACCUGGCCCGACAACUCCGGGAAUACCAGGAGCUCAUGAAUGUCAAACUAGCCCUGGAUGUGGAGAUUGCGACCUACAGGAAGCUGUUGGAGGGCGAGGAGUGCAGGAUGUCUGGAGAGUGCCAGAGCUCCGUCAGCAUCUCCGUGGUGGGCGGCAGCAGCUCCAUGGGAGGUGGAUACGGCAGUGGAUUGUGCCUUGGAGGAGGAGGAAUUGGCUUUGGAAGUGGGAAAGGCAGCUGCAGCACUGGUGGUGCUGGUUUAUGCUUCAGCCUGGGAGGGGGUGGAUUUAGUGCCGGGGGUGGAUUUGGUUCCCUGGGUGGGGGAUCUAACUCAGUGGUGGUGGGGGGAUCUGGCAACAUCCUAAAGAAUGGUGGCCCCGCUGGCCGGAGGGCAUAG